AUGGCUGAUAAGUGUCAUUUGUGUCUGCUGGGACUGAUCUUUCUCUCUUCACUUCUCACAGGAUCCAGUGGAGUGGAUGAUGCUCAUGUAUUCAUCAGUUCUGGUGAAAAUGUCCGUCUGCCCUGUAAUAAUGCUCUUCAUGACUGUAAAUCAACUACAUGGAUCUAUAACAGAUUCAGUCAAUCAGAGACAGUUGAACUGAUUGGUUUAGGGAUAAAGAAGAAAAACACAGAGAGACAUGAGAGACUGAGUCUGGGGUCUGACUGCUCUCUGAACAUCAAGAACGUCACAAAAGAAGAUUAUGGAUCUUACAUCUGCAGACAAUAUGUGAAUGACAAACAACAAGGAAAUGAUGCUCGUGUUUACCUGCAUGUUCUUCGUGUCUCAUCCUCACAGACUGAGAUCAGUGCAGGCCACUCUGUGACUCUCUCCUGUCAGUUGUAUUCAUAUACUGGAGUCUCUUGUGAUGAUUGGAUCCGUUCUGAGGGAAUUCAUCUGUUCUGGGUGAAUCAGGCUGGUGAUAAACUGAUAAACUCAGACUCCAGAUAUCAGAUAUCAGCUCCAGAUCACUGCAUCAGCACUCUGACUACAACACUCCUGAAUGAAGAUCACAACAGAGAGUGGAGAUGUGAAGUUACUCAAGUCAAGACGUCAGUCACAUAUACUGUCAGGUAUUCAGGAUCCAGUGGAGUGGAUGAUGCUCAUGUAUUCAUCAGUUCUGGUGAAAAUGUCCGUCUGCCCUGUAAUAAUGCUCUUCAUGACUGUAAAUCAACUACAUGGAUCUAUAACAGAUUCAGUCAAUCAGAGACAGUUGAACUGAUUGGUUUAGGGAUAAAGAAGAAAAACACAGAGAGACAUGAGAGACUGAGUCUGGGGUCUGACUGCUCUCUGAACAUCAAGAACGUCACAAAAGAAGAUUAUGGAUCUUACAUCUGCAGACAAUAUGUGAAUGACAAACAACAAGGAAAUGAUGCUCGUGUUUACCUGCAUGUUCUUCGUGUCUCAUCCUCACAGACUGAGAUCAGUGCAGGCCACUCUGUGACUCUCUCCUGUCAGUUGUAUUCAUAUACUGGAGUCUCUUGUGAUGAUUGGAUCCGUUCUGAGGGAAUUCAUCUGUUCUGGGUGAAUCAGGCUGGUGAUAAACUGAUAAACUCAGACUCCAGAUAUCAGAUAUCAGCUCCAGAUCACUGCAUCAGCACUCUGACUACAACACUCCUGAAUGAAGAUCACAACAGAGAGUGGAGAUGUGAAGUUACUCAAGUCAAGACGUCAGUCACAUAUACUGUCAGGUAUUCAGGUGAGAAACAAACUUUCAUAACUUACUUUCAGAAGACUCUCUGA